AUGUCUCCGUUGGUUAGGUUUUUAUUUCACAUUAAUCCAGUAAAUUUCAAAAUAUUUGCCAUAUUGCUAUGGAUAUUUGAUGCCAUAUUAUGCACGUUGAUUAUUUGGAGAGUGCCAUACACUGAAAUAGACUGGUCUACUUAUAUGCAGCAAGUGAGUUGCUAUGAACAAGGAAUUCGUAAUUAUUCGAAAAUUGGAGGUGAUACCGGUCCUAUCGUAUAUCCGGCUGGACAUAUUUGGUUUUAUUUACUGCUUUUUCGUAUCACCAAUGCUGGAAAGGAUAUUCGUACCGCACAAUAUAUUUUCGAAUUUUUGUACUUGACAAGCUUAUUAUUAGUUUUUCGCAUAUAUUAUAUGACUUAUAGAUUGCCUCCGUUUGUGCUAAUUAUAUUGUGUUGUAUGUCUUAUCGGAUUCAUUCCAUCUAUCUUCUUCGAUUAUUUAAUGAUCCUGUUGCAAUGUUGUUCUUUUACCUGGCUGUCAAUUUUUGGAUUGGCCGUCAUUUUCUAAUUGGCUGUAUAUUUUACAGUUUGGCUGUAUCAGUGAAGAUGAAUAUAUUGUUGUUUUCUCCAGCACUUCUGUGUAUCCUUCUUCUGAAUACUGGUUAUUGGAAUACGUUCAAGAUAAUUAUAUUAUGUGCUAUGAUUCAGAUUGUCUUGGCACUUCCAUUUUUACUGCAUGAUCCAUUCUCAUAUUUACAAAGAUCUUUCGAUUUGGGCAGAGUUUUUAUUUUCAAAUGGACGGUAAAUUGGCGAUUUUUGUCGGAAGAGAUAUUUUUAGACCAUCGAUUUCAUAUAUUAUUAUUGAUUACUCACAUUUUUCUGCUUUUCCUUGCCGGAUACUUAUGGUUUAGGCGUUAUGGGGGAUAUGUGCAUAUAUUAUCAAUAAUGAGUUAUGGCAAAAUAUUGUUAAGUACUAGUGAAAUGCUUAUAGCUUUGUUCACAGCAAAUUUGAUCGGUAUAAGCGUUGCUCGGUCGUUGCAUUACCAGUUUUAUAGUUGGUAUUUUUUUACAUUGCCUUAUUUGCUGUUUGCUGGUUUACCUUUCAAUAGUGAUUGGUUCUUCACGACGAAUACAGUAGCAUCCACGCAAAAGUCCACUGAUGUCAUAUCACCAUUGUCGAUAAUCUUACGAUGUUGUAUUUUGGUUGGAAUUGAGAUAUGCUGGAACACGUAUCCUUCGACAGUUAUCAGCUCAGCAAUGCUUCACUGCUUUCAUUUAGUUAUAUUUUGCAUAUUGAUACAUGAUUGUUAUACUGGUAAUAAUCUGAAAACAGACUGA